CUGCGCUGUGUGCGUGGGCCCUCCCCCUCGGGCCAGCGCAGUCCGACGGCCCCAUUCAUGCAGAUCCAUUCAUAUUCAGCUCACGGAUGCAUCACAAGCUAAAGAAGGAUGGUAGAAAAGGAGGAGAGUGAGGAUGAAGGAGGCAAACGGAGAGAGGACCUGAAGAAGAGCGCGUCUCUGGAACUUCCGGUUGAAUAGGAACGAGCCCAAAUAAAGAAUAAUCUGGGUCUGCUUCACCCUCAACAAGAGAACUGGGUCUUGCUUGCUCCAAACAGAAUCUGCAUUUUGUUUAUUGGCCACAAAAAUCCGCCGGGAUGACCCAAAAAGAUGGCUUCUGCCGAGUUUGCAGCCGAGGCUUCUAUAGCUGCCACUGGAGGAAGCAAAGUGAGAGAACCAAAAAAUGGUCUUGUUGCUGGUUCCUUUUUGUCAGCCUGGUUGCUGCGUUCUCCCUCUGCUGGAUAUAUAUUUGUCUGGCUGUGUAUAACUCCCGAGAUAUGUUUAACUGGAAGCUGUUCACAGUACUGAACAUGUGGGUGAACUGGUUCAUGGUGGUGUUCAUCAUGUCUGGAGUCUUAACCAGCUACUGUGUGCUGCUGCUGCUCUUUGCACUGGUCCAACUUGCCUUGAGAGAAAAACUUGACCUACACGUUCUGCACAAGGUCUUCCUCUUUCUCAGCAUGGCAAUCUUCAUCGGUGGAGGGGUAGCAUUUACCUGCCGUUGGAAAGAAGAAUUGCCAACUGUACCACUUUUACUCCAGGCUACAGCUCCUUUCUUGCAGUUUGGUGCUGUUGGAGCCUUAACGCUGCUCAGCUGGAUUAUCUUUCAAUCUUUCAACGCAGCCAAAAAAGGUUCAAAGUUCCUGAUUGCUUUGAUAUUUCUAUUCGUGUCAGCUGCCAUCUUCCUGUGUCCCCUGCUUAUCAAGUCACCAUGUUUGAUAGCUGUGGAGGAGUUGCCUGAAAAACCCAAACUCAUCGGCCACAGAGGCGCACCAAUGAGUGCCCCAGAGAACACCUUGAUGUCAUUUAACAAGAGCAUCGAGUGUGGCGUGCUGGCAUUUGAAACAGACGUGCAAAUAAGUAAAGACAAGGCUGCCUUUUUGAUGCACGACCAUAAGCCUGGGUUUUUGGAAAGAACAACAAACGUUAAAGCAAAGUUUCCACACACAACUUUCAAUCAAAGUUCAGAUGUGACCCUAAAUUUUUUGCAGAGCCUGAAUGCAGGUGAAUGGUUCCUAAAGACAGAUCCUCAUCAGACAGUCUCCCAGUUGUCAGCGGAAGAUAAAAUGACAGCCAGAAAUCAGGUCAUACCCUCGCUGCUUCAGCUCCUUCAACUCGCCAAACAACACGAAAUCUCUGUGAUAUUUGACCUUUAUAGUUCUGGGGAAAACGAUACAGAGAUCACAGUAGACAUCAUCUUAGAUUCUGGUAUCAACCAAAGUUUGAUUUUGUGGCUUCCUCCACACCGAAGAGAAUAUGUCAAACGAAGAGCUCCCGGCUUCAUCCAGGUCUACAGUAAUGAAAGUGACCUAAUUAAUAACACCGGGCGCUACCUAAAUGUGGCUUACAAUGCCCUGAGUAGGGAUAAAAUCAGAGAACUUCGGAGACAGAACGUGUCGGUGAACCUGUGGGUGGUUAAUGAACAAUGGCUUUUCUCUCUGCUGUGGUGUGCAGGAGCCAGCUCCGUCACCACCAACUCCUGCCACCUUCUGAAGGACAUGGAACAUCCUGACUGGGUCAUGACACCUUCUACCUACAUGGCAAUAUGGAUCUCAUUGGAUGUCAUCUCUGUUUUGAUCAUGAUCUGUCUCUACGUCAUUCAGUUGAAACAUUCCAGUUCCAGACACGAGACACACAGUAGGAAAGAACAGAUUCCUUUCUUGCCUCGUAAAGUCUGACAGACCUGAAUCAUCCUUCCUGCACCACCACCGAACAUUGGAGCUGCAUCACAACAAGAAUUAAACUGCAACUACACCAUUUUUUAAAAUAAUAAACUGGAAACACUUUAGAGGUUUCUUCCUGUCUGGAACUUUACAUGUUUUUUGUAAGUAUUUGUAGCUGAACAUACAGUUUCUGAUCUGGUACCCUUUUUAUCUCACCUGUUUUCGUUCAGCACUUUAUUUCUGCUGGAGUUUGAGAUGUUCAGUUUCACCACUGCAGGUUAAUCCCCUCCCCUCUGUACUCUGAGCCAAAUGCACUAAAACAUCUUUACACCUUUAAACUCUUCCCUGUGUCUGCAUAAUGAAACCUGCAACUGCACUGUCUGAGGAACAAAAAGUUGUAUUUGAACAUACAUGAAACGUACAAUUUAAACGGGUAAUCAGAAAAUGUUUACUGGUAUUUCAUGUACAUUUAGUAUAUUUUUUAUUAAUGCACUAACCCAGUGUUGGAUGAUCUGGAAGCAUUGUUUUUAUUAACUUUGUUCAUUGUUAACUCUCAGGUAAAUGGUUUUGGAACUGUUAAUGGAAUUAUAUUGUCUGUGCACAAGCAUGACAUGAAAAAAACAACAAACAAGAAAUCAGUUGCUUUUACACUAAUUGUUUUUUGUAUGAAUGUGUGGUGUUUUUACAUCGACUAAACCAAGGGAACAAACACCUGAACCCAACAGUUGGAUUCACCUGUUUUAAAUAUCACUAAAGUGCAGAUUGAUACAACUGUAAGGGAAGAGGACAUAUCAUUGAUUCAAUAAGCAAUUAUUUCAAAUUGUGAUGAUGAAAAUGCAGUUGUGUACAUAUGUUGCUGUUUAAUACAGUGACAAUUCAAUUUUUGCAGUGUAAAAUAAAAAUUAUGCUUGUUUGUACUA